ACUUUACUUCAUUUUGGUUUUUCUGCAGGGGACAAUUGGUGCGGAACCUCCAAAAGGAAGGCCCUUGGGUUCUCAAGGAUCUUAAAGACAACCAUCUCCUUCAGUUAGUAGAUUUGUUAAUUUCAGAUAAAAAAUGGGUGGAAGAAUCUGCUUCACAGACAUUUCCUUUCAAAGUUACAUUCCCAGAUGAAAGAAGGUGUGUUCCAUCUCAUGCACAUGGUUCCAAUGGUUUAAGUUCUAUCUUUUCAGGUAGAACGUCACAGUCCAGCCUGCAGAGCCUACCAGAGCAGGAAAAACAAGAGCAGAUAUCUAGGCCUCUUGGAAGUUCAUAUAACGAAAGUGUAGAUUCUAAGCAGCCACAAAAUUUUUCUGAGCUGAAAGCUUGGUUUCAGAAAACCUUUAAUGCUACAGAAGGUGUUGAACCUGAGGAUUUUAAAAAGCUUUUUGAGAGCACAUUUGAUAGGAAGCUUUUUUGUUCUUCUUAUGGUUAUUCAACUGUACGAAGCCUCAUUGCAGCUUGCUCAGCUGAUAAUGUUUCCAACCAAGAAAAAAAGAAGAGGCCUCCCAGCCGAGAAGAAGUAUUAUCUGAUUGCCACAGAUUACUGAAGGAGCUUUUGGAGGAAUAUCCUGAUGGCUUUAACAUGAGCAUUGUCAGACCAACUUUCAUUCAGAGGUACGGUUAUGUUCUAGAUUAUCAAAUGCUUGGCUACCCAAAGUUUGUAUCAUUGUUACAGAUAAUGCCAGGGGUGAGGAUAGAAUCCCCGUAUAUCUUUCCUGCAGACAAGUUGUCAGAUUCCAGCUUGGAGAAGCGGGCAAUUAGCGGAACACCUUUUGAUAGUUUGGAGGGUGACAAAGGGAAGGUUAUUAGCAAAGAAAAUGAAGGCAAAUAUGGUGAAGAGCACAUCUGGGAGGAGUUGGGACCUGUAUCUGAUACAGUAAUCCAUGAGGGUAGUAACCUUAUGGAAGAAAUGGAUAAACAGGUGAGCUUUGAUGAAGCUUCUCUUUCAGAUGAAGAAUUUACUGAUACUGAGGAUGAUACUCCUAGGCAUUUUGAUGAAUCGGAGGGAAAGAGCAGAAAAAGUGACGAAGAGAGCUCUCUUCUCCAGAUUCUUGAUUCAUGGUACAGUAGUAAGGAAGCUGGUGAGAAGGAACAAGCUCAGGCUGUUGAUGGGCUUGUGGAUUGUUCUAGAAGCAAUGCUGAUAACCAUGUAGAUCUUAAGCCUACGGACUCACAACUAAAGGUGAGGCCCGCAAAACGCUAUUCUUUUGUUUCAGAGUCUAGAGAUGAUGAGAAGGAAAAGUUGGUGAAAAGCAUUUUGGGUAGUCUCAGAAAAGCAGGAGACUCAAGGACUUGAGCUGAACCCCAAUCCACCAGGAAGGUCCGAUUCUUAUAUAUCACUUGGUAUGCAAUGAUGAUGGUGAUGCGAUGGAGCAUUUACUGGCAAUUAUGUUCACCAGCAAGGCUCUUUUGUCUGGACAGAUGAGAUUUCUUUCUUCUUUUUAUUCAAACCUUGAUUCCGAUUAAAUUAUUUCAGAAUGAAAAAGCACAAUGGAAAGUAAACAAUGGCAUUAUAGAUUUAGAAGUAUUCAUUGUAUCUGAGCUCAACCUGUACUCUCUGGUAAUGGCUUACUGCUAAGUCUUGAGAUAUGAUAAUUUUGUGGACUGCUGUCGUAA